CUGGACAACAGUAACUUUAGCAAGCAGAAUCUCAAAGGCGUCGCCUUUCAGCAGUCGAUUGUGCGAAACUGCGACUUUUCCAAUUCGGACUUGCGGGGUGCCUCCUUCUUUGAUGCUACCCUGACGGACUCGAAUUUCGAAAACUCAAAUCUCGAGAACGUCAACUUGGAGAUGGCCCAGUUAACCCGCGUGUCCUUCAAGAACGCGGUCGUAACGGACGCCUACGUGAGCGGCGCAACCAUUUUUGACGGGGUCAAGGAUGUGGAAGGGUCGGAUUGGAGCGAAACAUACCUUCGAGCCGAUCAAAAGAAGCUUUUGUGCAACCAUCCCACUGCUAAAGGAACGAACCCCGUCACGGGCGUUGAUACUCGAGAGUCUCUCAUGUGCCCUAACUAG